UAUAACGACAUUAAUGCAAAGCCGAAGUGCCGAGCCAGGCGCCGAGACAAAAGACGAACGCAGCUAUUUUAAUGCGGAAAAGAUAUUUAGCGAAGCCGCCGCAUUGUGUUUAACGAGAAGCCACGCUGACAGCCUCGAAGUCAGAUUUGUAUAAAUAAUAACCGCCGUCGCGGUGUUAGACAGAAACCAAACAAGCUUCAAACUAAGAGAACCUCAGCACCAUAAUCCAAGAUGCGCGCCUUCGUCGUAAGUUUCUGCCAGUCAAGACAAAGGAUAUAUUUAUGGACUAUUUCUCCCCCAAAUUAAAAAAAGGUUAUGUGCCUGGUCGCAGUGGCCUGCGCCGAUAAGCUCGGCUACAACUAUCAGCCUGUCGGACACUCCGGCUCAGGAUUGUCGUUCUCUCCUGGCAGCGGAAGUGGAGCAGGACUCGGCGGUGGUUCCCUGGGUGGUUAUGAAGGCGGUUCCAUUGGAGGUCUGAGCGGUGGCUCCCUGGGUGGACUUGCUGGCGGUGCUGGCGAUUUGGACUCCGGUCUUGGCGGUGGCAGCAUUGGCGGUGGCAGCAUUGGCGGCGGCAGCAUUGGCGGCGGCAGCAUUGGUGGUGGCAGCAUUGGCGGUGGCAGCAUUGGUGGUGGCAGCAUUGGUGGUGGUUCCGGUCUGGGCGGUCUCGGCGGUCUCGGCGGCCUCGGCAACGGUGGCUUAUCCGGUGGCGCUCUGAACGCUCCAGUCUCUUACAACGCCCCUGCCCCAGCUGCUGAAUUGGAGAAGGAGUUCUUCACCUUCACCGCCAACGAACAGGACUUCGAUGAGCCCCAAUCUUUGGACAAGGUUUCCAGCUCUCUGAACAAGGGUCUGCGUGUUGUCUUCAUCAAGGGACCCGAAAACCGUGGUCUGGAGAACGCUGCUCUCGCUUUGGCCAAGCAGGCUGCCCAGCAGGAGACCGCCAUCUAUGUCCUGAACAAGCAGGCCGAUAUCGGUGAUCUGGCCAACAAACUGAACUCCAUCCGCAGCAACACCAACAACAAGCCUGAGGUGCACUUCGUCAAGUACCGCACUCCCGAGGAUGCUGCCAACGCUCAGCGCGCCAUUCAAGGCCAAUACGAUCAGUUGGGCGGCUCUUCUCAGUCGCAUGAUGGUGGUGUUGCCCCCGCCUUGAACUUUGCUUCCCAGGCUCCAGUGCGUCAGGUGAACGCCCAGGCCCCCGAGAAUUCGUACCUGCCCACAUCUAUCUUCCGUCGCUUGUAAAGAGUUCCUACUGUACGACUAGAGCUACGCAAGCUCCACUGACUCCUUGUUAAAUAAUUCU